CCGAGAGCACGUCUCCUCCCCGUGGAGCCCAGCUGCGCGCGCGCCUUCCCACCAUCAGCUCCCGACGUGCUGCGGACGCUCGCGACCCCCAGCGCCUGGAGGAGGGACUCGGUGGAGCGGCGGAGGCUGGUUGACAAAAGGAUGCCACGGAGAAAGAAAAAAACUAAAGAAGCCUCUGAAGCUAAGAACCUGGAGAAGAAAGAUACAGAAACUACUAGUUCUGUCAAUCUGAAGAGGAAGCGUAGAGUUGAAGAUGCAUUCAUUGUGAUAUCUGAUAGUGAUGGAGAGGAACCAAAGGAAGAGAAUGAAUUGCAGAAAACGAAGACAAAGCAGUCGAAUAGAGUAAAGUGUUUGGCUAAAAGAAAAAUUGCACAAAUGACAGAAGAAGAACAGUUUGCUCUGGCUCUCAAAAUGAGUGAGCAGGAAGCUAGGGAAGUGAAUAGCCAGGAGAAAGAAGAGGAGGAGCUCUUGCGGAAAGCCAUUGAAGAAAGCCUGAAUAGUUGCCGGCCUUCUGAUGCUUCUGCUACCAGAUCUCGACCUCUGGCCACUGGACCAUCUUCACAGUCCCACCAAGAGAAAGCCACAGACUCUGGGACCACUGAAGGCAUAUGGCAGCUGGUACCUCCAUCACUGUUUAAAGGCUCACAUAUCAGUCAGGGAAACGAGGCUGAGGAAAGAGAGGAGCCUUGGGACCACAAUGAAAACACUGAAGAGGAGCCGGUCUCUGGCAGCUCAGGAAGCUGGGACCAAUCAAGCCAGCCAGUGUUUGAGAAUGAGAACGUUAAAUGUUUUGACAGAUGUAUUGGCCACUUGGCUGAGCACACACAGUGUGGGAAGCCACAGGAAAGUCCUGGAAGGUGUUAUGCUUUUCACAAAGACUCCCAGGGUAAGGGGGACACAUCUAAGCACUAUCUGCCUACCCCAGCAGAUGCCAAAGGUCUCCAGGACACUGAGGGCACUGUGCACUACUUCUGGGGUAUUCCAUUCUGCCCUACUGGAGUAGACCCUAACCAGUAUACCAAGGUCAUUCUCUGCCAGUUGGAGGUUUAUCAAAAGAGCCUGAAAAUUGCUCAGAGGCAGUUCUUUAAAAAAAAAGCAUUUGGGGAACCAGUGUUACCUAGACCUCCUUCUCUGAUCCAGAAUGAAUGUGGCCAAGGAGAUCAGGCUAGUGAGAAAAAUGAAGGCAUCUCAGAAGAUAUGGGAGAUGAAGACAAAAAGGAGAGGCAGGAGUCUAGGGCAUCUGUCUGGCACUCAAAAACCAAGGAUUUCCAAGAAAGCACAAUUAAAAGCUUGAAAGAGAAACUUUUGUUGGAGGAAGAACCAACAACCAGUCAUAGUCAGUCUUCCCAAGGGCAACUUGUUGAAGAAACUUCUGAAGAAGGAAACUCUAUACCUGCUUCACAAAGCAUUGCUGCUUUGACCAAUAAGAGAAGCUCAGUUCUUAUGCCAGAGAGUUCUGCAGAUGAAUUAACUUUGUGUCCUGAGACACAGCGAAGUUCCCCUGAAACUUCUGACCUUGAAAGAGAAGUCUCUCCUGGUAGCAGAGAGACUCCAGAUGAAGUAAGACUAAUAAUGGCAGAUAAGGAGGUUGGUAACAGGGAAGAUGCUGAGAAGGAAAUACCUACUUCUGCCUUCUUACCUGAUACCCAGGUAUCCUGUCCACUGUGUGACCAGAGCUUUCCACCUUCAAAGAUUGAGCAACAUGCCAUGUACUGCAAUGGGCUGAUGGGGCAAGAUACAGUGUUGACUCGGAGACAAAAAGAGGCCAAGAGCAAGAGCGACAGUGGGACUGCUGCCCAGAUUUCCCUAGACACUGACAAGGAUGAGAAGUGUUAUCUCUGUAAGCACAUGAUCCCAUUCAAGGAGUAUCAGUACCAUGUUGAGUCCUGUCUCCAGCUCGCAAGAGGUGACCAAGGAGAUGGAACUGAACAGAGUGGGAGAGUGUGCUCAGCUGUGGAGGGGAAGUGGCAACAGUGGCUGAGGAACCCAAAGGAAAAAGGCUGCAGUGAAGGCCGACUCCUCAGUUUCUUGGAACAGUCUGAGCACAAGACUGCAAAUGCAGAGAUAGAGAGUCUUCAAAAGUCUUCAGAAACAGGAGUCUUCAGGGUACCCUCACCAGGGAUGGAAGAGGCAGGUUGCAGCAGAGAGAUGCAGAGUUCCCUUGCACAUCUUGACUUAAAGAAGUCUCCCAUCAAGUCUUUUGUUUCCAUUUCAGAAGCAACAGAUUGUUUAGUGGACUUCAAAAAGCAACUUACUGUCCGGCCAGGUAGCCGGACACGGACCAAAGCAGGCAAAGGAAGGAGGAGGAAAUCCUAAAUUGUUAGGUUUGACAAGGCAAUUGAAGGUUGACAAGACCCAGAAGUAGGGAUGGACCGUGUUCAGUAAGCUUUAGUGGCCUCCAGUUCAUUGUUGAACAAGUUUUGGCCCUGCGGUUUUCACCACCAGCACCCACUCAACAUUCUUGUUUUUAUGUUUUCUAUGAGCUAUACAGACAACUAUGUAUAGUGUUCUGUUUUAUACCUGUUUGAAUUCACUUGUAGUUAAAAGAAAAUUUAAAUAUAUUUAUGUUUGUAUUAUACCUUA